UAGGUUCAUUAACCUUAAACACACAAAGGGUAAAGGUAGCCUUUUCAAAAAACACACCGGUACAGUGAGUGGUUCCUAAUCUACCGCUUCUUAGCUUUUUACAGUGGAAAUAAUGAUCAGAUUUGUGGUGAGUGCUGCCUGCCUGCUGCCUUUGUCUCUGGGGCUGGAGCUGACCGGACUCUUCGGCAGUUUCACCUCCCCCCAGUUCCCUAACUCCUACCCUAACAACCAGCGCGUCCUGUGGAACAUCACCGUCCCGGAGGGUCAUAGGGUCAAGCUCUACUUUACCCAUUUUAGCCUGGAGCCUUCGCACCUGUGUGAAUAUGACUACGUCCAGGUGUUUUCGGAGGGAAACGACACGGUGAGGUUCUGCGGGGAAGCUGACAAGGACCACGAGGACGUGCCGGGGGACACCGCGUUUUAUUCGGCUGGGAACGCCAUGUCCGUGGUCUUCAGGUCCGACUACUCCAACGAGGGCCGCUUCACCGGCUUCCAAGCCUUUUACGCCUCGGAAGACAUCAACGAGUGCGAGAGCCUAGUGGAUGGAGAGCCGAUAUGCGACCAUUACUGUCACAAUUACGUGGGCGGCUAUUACUGCACUUGCCGGCUUGGCUACCUGCUCCAUCCCAAUAAAAGAGCCUGCACUGUGCCGUGCGGCGACCAGGUGCUGACGCAGAGGCACGGAAUACUGACCAGCCCGGACUACCCCCGGCCCUACCCCAAACUCAGCCAGUGCGACUUCCGCAUCCGCCUGCCCGAGGGCUUCGCCGUUCAGCUGGACUUCCUGGAGCCGUUCGACGUGGAGACCCACCCGGAGGCCCGCUGUCCGUACGACGUCUUGAAGGUCGCCACGGAGACGAAGGAGUACGGCCCCUUCUGUGGGAAGCGUGGCGGCCGGAUGAUCCCUCUUAUCGCCCCGCCCGUAGCCGCGCCCUGUGAACACCCCGUAGCGCCACCACAUGGACGCAUUCAACCACCGCAGCCUCAGUACAUCUUCACCGACAGCUUCAACGUGACGUGCGAGAGGGGCUACGAAUUACUGCAGGGGGCGGAGUAUCCGGCCUCUUACCGAGCCGUGUGCCAGAGGGACGGGAGGUGGGACUCCCCGAUGCCGACCUGCUCCCUUGUCAAUUGUGGUUCUCCCGAUGAAGUAUCCAAUGGAAAAGUUUCCUUCACCACAACCACUUACCUGUCUCUUAUCCAGUAUACCUGCGACGGCCCUUUCUAUGUCAUGAAAAACGGCACAAAUGGAACAUACAUCUGUGACCACACCGGAAGUUGGAUUGACUCAUUGGGUAGGAAUAACCCUCCAGAAUGCGUGCCUUCCUGUGGGAAACCCCAGACCGGCAAACUGGCCCGGAUCAUCGGGGGCGAGGAGGUGGCCGAGAAAGAGAUCCCGUGGCAGGCCCUGGUGCUGAUGGGCGGGAGCUUCAGAGGGGGCGGGACCCUAAUCGCCGACGACUGGGUGCUGACCGCCGCCCACGUCCUGUGGGGCUACGGCGACGCCUCCAACCUGCAGGUCAAGAUGGGCGUGGUCCGGAGGAACGACACGGCCGCGGUCGCCGACGUCCCGGCGGCCGUCUUCCUCCACCCGCGGUACCGCCACGACGGCGUGACCUUCGACCACGACAUCGCCCUGAUCCGGCUGAGCCGGAAGGUUCCGCUGAGCGCCGCAGUCAUGCCCGUGUGCCUGCCCCAGCGGGACGGGCGCUUCCUGCUCCGGACGGACGACCUGGGCCGCGUUUCGGGAUGGGGGGUGUGGCGGGAGGCCCGGCGCAGGGCCUCGCCCGCGCUCCGCUACGCCGAGCUCCCGGUGGCGGACUUCCAGCGCUGCCGGGACGCCUACGGGGCGGUGCGGGCGGACGACGGGCGGCCGCUGGUCGUCACGGGCAACAUGAUCUGCGCCGGGCUCCCCGAGGGGGGGAGGGACGCCUGCGAGGGGGACAGCGGGGGGCCCUUCGUGUUCUACGACGGCGUCAGCAGGGCCUGGUUCAUCGGCGGCGUGGUCUCCUGGGGUUACGAGUGCGCCAAGCCGGGCCUGUUCGGGGUCUACACUAAAGUCAGCAACUACCUCCCCUGGAUUGAGGAAGUCAUGGAGACCAACCGCUAAUCCUCAGUGGUGUCGUUAGCAGGCCCACUCGCUGGUGUCUGUGUUCGCUGUGUUCACAUUUGGAAAGGUUUUUUGUUGUUGUGAUUUUUAAAGUAAAGAUUAUUUAAGGUAUCAUGACAAUAACUAAGUAUAGUCACGCAGGUCGCAAUACACAAGGUCGUCUGUGCUUUUAUAGCACAUUGUAUUUAAAUACUUGUGCGUAGUGAUUAAACUGAAACCCCACAAGAAAAUGCCAUUACUGAACGGAACCCUCUGAAACCUAAAAAGCUGAUCACGUGCUCCUAUUGAAAGUGAAAGGGAAACUGGCCCAUUUUUUUCUGGAAAAACCUUUCUUUCCUGUUUCAGUGCCAUAACGUCAUCUGUUGCACAGUAGCAUUUGCACAGAGGCAGACACGUGCUUCUGUACUGCACUUUAAAAACCUAAAACAGUAAAAUCCCUCAUAAUCUUAGGUUUUAAAGGUAGAUGCUAUUAUUCAUUCAUAUUUCACAUUAUCUGGAAAUGUAUAUGUGCUGAUAUACAGUGCCCUCUGGAAUUGUUGGCACCCUUGGUAGAGAUAUGCAAAGAAAGGCUAUAUUCAAAUUAUGAGAGAAAGCUAACCUUUGAUUGAGGUAAAAAUUAAAAAUAUUAUUUUAUCAAGUAAUAAAUAUUUAUCUCAAAAACAUGUGUGCCACAAUUAUUGGCACUCUAGAAAUUAUGAUAAACUAAAUUUCACAGAAGUAUGUUGCCAUUGCCAUAUGUUUUACUUUUUAAGUUCAUCUGAGUCUUUAGGAACUCAAAAGUGGACAUCCAUUAUGUCCCUGUUUCACUGGGGUAUAAAUAUGAGGUGACACACAUGCGAAACCUCUUUAGUCAUUCAAAAUGGAGGAGUUCAGAGAGUAAUUAAGAAGUUUAGAACAUCUAGAGCUGUGAUGAAGCAGCCUGGAAAUGGACACGAGUACAUUUUGCCCCCGUGUUCCUUGAGGAAGAUAUUACAAGCAAAAAUGUUCCCAGGAAACGCAGUUGGAGAAGUUAUUUGCAUUUUGAUUUGCACCCCAAAACUACAGUUAGACGCCACCUCAAAUGCAACAAGCUGUUUGGACUGCUAGCCAGAAGAAAGCCCUCUACUGUCAUUAAACUACAAAUGUAAGUGUCUCUGGAGUUUUCUAGAUGUCAAUGGAACUUUGAUUGGAACCAGGUUCUAUGGUCAGAUGAGAUAAAAAUGGAGCCUUUUGGUCACAUGCACCCAAGGCUGGUUUUGUGUAAAAAGGUGGUCAUGCAGAAAAGAUCCUAAUCCCUACUGGAGCAACGGUAUCACAAUAAGGUUAUGCACUUUUCUCAUAUCAUUGAGAAUAGAGAACAUUUGAUAACAAUGCAAAAUGUAUACAUAAUUUUUUGUUGAUUGACUAAUGGUACCAAUAAUUCUGGAGGACACUGUAAAUACAGAAUUUCCAUGUUGGGCAUCCAUUUUUCAGGGAAUGUCAGUAUUAUUGUGUGUCCUUUUAAAGACACUGUUACCUGUUUUUGCCCCAUAUCUCUGACACGCAUCCCUUCACUGGAACUAGAACCAACCAUUACAAACAAAAAUGGGGGGUAUGGAAGGAUUAAUCUGGGCCCUGCUUUUGCAGCUGUACGAUAUGCUUCACCCUCGCCCCAAAAUUGAACCACCCUCCUUGUCACAUGGUCCCUCCCUCACCUUUAAGUUGAAUGACUAUGAUUAAUGUAAAGAAAAGCAUUCACUAAAUGCUGUAUUUAAAUGCCCGCCCAUCAUUUAAUAUAAGAAAUGAUUUAUUGGAAGAGGUCUGAGUACCGGGGGUCGGGGGUCGGGGGUCAGAGGUCAGGGGGUGGAGGGGCGGAACUUGCCCCGCUACCUCUUUAGGUAAAUAGGCACGCCGUUACUGGUGCAUGCAUGUCUUUGAUAACCGACGAGCAGUAUUGCACUAACCAGUAGCUUGUGUGCAAACAUAUCAGAGGAGACCAUGUGGUUUGUAGCUAUAUUGCUCCUUGCGCAAUGGCACAAUGCUAACCUGUAAGGCAUUAUUAAAAAAAUUUUGGGGGAAAAAACUGCAAAAUAAAGGCACCUUGUCACGCUAUUUCCGCGUACUGCACGUGUCCCAAUGCCGUGCUUCAACAAAUGUAUUCAUUCUUGUGUGAAAGUAUGCAUUUAAUUGCAGAGGGAUGAGUAGGACACGAGAAACCCAGCCGGAGAUUGUUAUUACGAGACGCCAAUUGCUCUUUUAAAGAGAUUGAGUGCAAAGGAGAAGUGCUUGUUAUGUUGCCUCUGUGUGCGGGGAAAACACUGCACUUAAUGCCGAGGUGUUUGCUUAAAAGCCGAAUCAGCCGAGCCUCACCUUCUGGUGUCUGGGGCCCCAUGAUUUGCAGUCAUUUACGCCUCAUGAAUUAUGCAUCGGGCCUCUCAUUCGCGCCCCGACUGCUUUCUAUCAGAAAAGCCAUUAAAGGUUUCUCCAUUCUGACAUCAUUACCUCGCCACUGUCAUUUAAUCUGAUACAGUCACACACGCAUUUCAAUGCUUCCCCCCCCCCACACUCACCGAGUGUACGAAUAUCAACCGGCGUCAAGUUUUGUUUGAUCUCCAGUUUUGUGUUUUGCGUUAAAUGUAAAUUUCGCUUGGAAUUUCUUUUGCCUUGUGGCCGUCACGUUCAGGAGACGAAGGCCGUCGUAUGCAAAACCACAUUUAAAUGGUCCGGUCACAUGACUGUUACUGAAAAGUAGGUG